ACCUAACUGGCCGUUACAUAAAAGGCAUUUUUUUUGUGUCAUCUUUUAGAAAAAACAAACCCCUCACGAUACUCAUCCUGCCCCUCAUGCACCUUAUCAUUCUUAUUUUACUGAUUUAGCCAUCAAUUUUAAGUAUAAGAUAAAAAGACGCAGAAAUAGAAAGAAUUAAACCACUAUCUUAGCCAAUACAUACCACCACCAAAUAUGCCACCUUCACCAGAAAAUGUAACACAAAAAUGGCCAGCAUCAAACCUCAUGCAAAAUCCCCUUUCAGAGCUAAAAUUGCAAAAAGGAAUACUACUUCCUUUGAUGGCUAUGAACUUCACAUGGUUUGCAAAAACAGCCAUCACAACUGCAUUUCUCGGUAGGCUUGGAGAUCUUUAUUUAGCUGGAGGAACACUUGGUUUUACAUUUGCAAAUGUGACCGGAUUUUCUGUCUUGAAUGGCCUUUGUGGUGCAAUGGAGCCAAUUUGUGGACAAGCUUUUGGAGCCAAAAAUUACAAACUUCUUCAUAAGACCCUUGUUAUGGCUACUUUAUUAUUACUAUUAAUCAGUUUGCCUAUUUCUUUCUUGUGGCUAAAUAUUGAUAAGAUCCUCAUUCACUUUGGCCAGCAAGAAGAUAUUUCAAAUAUGGCCAAAAAGUAUCUCAUUUAUCUCCUCCCUGAUUUGGUUAUCACCUCUUUGUUAUGCCCUUUAAAGGCUUAUUUAAGCACACAAAAUAUUACAAUCCCAAUUAUGUUAAGCUCAGCUGUAGCAGUUGCAUGUCAUGUACCAUUAACCAUGUUACUUUCAAGGGCUAAGGGUAUAAUAGGAGUUUCUAUGGCUUAUUGGAUAACAGAUUUUUUAAUCAUGAUAUUUUUGGCUAUUUAUGUUGUGAUAGCAGAGAAUAAAAAGGGAGGAAAAUGGAAAGAAGGAGGAUGGUGGGAUCAAAGAAUUCGCGAUUGGAUCAGACUACUGAAAUUAUGUGGACCAUGUUGUCUUACUACUUGUCUUGAAUGGUGGUGUUAUGAAAUCUUGGUUUUGUUAACAGGACAUCUACCAAAUGCUAAACAAGCAAUUGGAGUUAUAGCCAUUGUGUUAAAUUUUGAUUAUUUGUUGUUUUCUGUUAUGCUUUCGUUAUCAACGUGUGCAUCUAUUCGUGUGUCUAAUGAGCUUGGUGCAGAUAGUCCUGGUCCUGCUUAUCGCGCAGCCUAUGUAUCGUUAGCUAUGAGCGUUGGCUCGGGUUUUCUUGGUGGUGCUGUUAUGGCAGCUGCAAGAGGAAUUUGGGGGCCAUUGUUUAGUCAUAAUAAAGGGAUUAUAAAUGGUGUUAAGAAAAUGAUGUUGUUAAUGGCAUUACUUGAAGUGGUUAAUUUUCCAUUAGCAGUUUGUGGAGGAAUUGUACGAGGAACGGCUAGGCCAUGGCUAGGAAUGUAUGCUAAUAUUAGUGGAUUUUAUCUCUUAGCUUUACCAUUAGGUGUGGUUUUGGCUUUCAAGAUUCAUCUUGGUCUUACUGGAUUGUUGACAGGAUUUGUGGUUGGAGUUGCUGUUUGUUUGGUUUUGUUGUUGGUGUUUAUUGCUAGGAUUGAUUGGGUUCAAGAAGCUAAGAAAGCACAAGUUUUUGCUAGUAAUCUUGAAGAAAUAGCUAGUGAUGAUAAUAGGAAAACUUCACAAGUGGUUACUGAGUAUGGUUCAUGACUAUGGUCGUGCCUCACCUACCGUCAGAGACGGAUCUAGGACCCGUAUAAUAAGAUAAUAUAUUCAUUUUGAACUCACUGAUUCUGAAUUCGCCUGUAACUACAAAUUAUUGUUGGAUAAGUAUAUUACUAGUUUACUACUAUA